AUGCAACUGAGUGAUUACAUGGACUAUGUCUGUCGGCCAGAAGAUGAUCUCUGCAGCACGACUGGGUUUAUCUCAGCUGUUCGAGGAAUUCUGAAAUUGGAGCCCAUGGGACUGGCAACCAUAGGACUUCCGUGUGGGUCCUUUGUGUGGAUGAAUGCAGCAACCUCAAAGCGAUCUGAAAGUUCUCCUUUCGGUAACGAAGAGCUCCCAUAUGUGGCGGCUGCCAACAAGAUUUCAGCUCGGGUAUGCUUGUUGAUCCUCCUGCUGACGGCUCGACAAUCCUUCUUCAUGCUCGAGCAGCCUUCGUCCUCGAAACUCGAACAUGUGCCCUACUUUCAGCACAUGAUGAACGUCGUGUCCGCGACUGUGAAAGUUCACAAGGUCUCCUUCUGGAUGGGGACCUACGGCCACUUCAGUUGCAAGCGCUCACUGGCCUACAGCAACUUGCAUUUCAUUCCCAGUUUGGCCAAAAGACUUUCGAUGGUGCGCCGGCGACGUUUGGGGCUUUCCUCGGAUGGGGUUGUCACACGCAGGAAGGUUGGAGGAAAAACUGCUGUGACUGGUGACAAGAAACUCAAGAGCACGCAGGAGUACCCGCAAAGAUUUUGCAGAAAGGUAUUCAAGUUGCACAUGAAGUCUCGUGAUGCUUGGUUGCGCAAUUCAUGUAUGUACUGGGAACGUGAAUCGAGAACCAAUCGUACAGUGAACCUGCUAAGGACCGAAAUGCGAGGCUCAUUAAGCAGAAGAUGA